GGGGCCAUCUUGGUUUCCGUUAGGGCGAAAGCGGCUGUGGUGGCGCUGCGGGACCGGCUCCUCUCCACGUGCAUGAAGUUCGUGUGUCGUUAGAGCUUUUUUUCUCCUCAGGCUCCGUUAAUAAUGCAGGUCUCGGUUGUUGCUCUGUGCUAGAGCUGGGUUUGCGCUGCCUCCUUGGAAAUCUGGAGUCUGCCCCUUCCCGUGGCGUCCUGUCAGCAAAAGGGCGUCGCGGGGAAGGGAAAAACCCAGCCCGGAGUCGCUCCUGGAGUCAGGAGCCGUGCGGGGAAGGUCAGGCGUUGAUCCGGCCUGUAUUCGCCCUAAUGAAAAUUGCCAUCAUCGUUUGAUUUGAUUGCUUCUUCCCUGUGCUAGGGAAAAUGAAUAAAAAUGAAAAAGGAGUUUGGAGACUCCUACUAAUGCUGUGCCAGAAUCCACUGGACCCAGAUAAAGCUGCAUCGCUGCGGUGGACUGUUGUGAGGAAGCUUUGGCUGUUCCCGUCCCAGGGGCGGUGUAGAAACCCCCCACAGAAAUAAGAGCAUUUUCCGCUUCUCAUCUGUGGGAAUUCAGGUGCCUCCAAUAAAUAACGAGGCUCCCAGUUUUGUAACUUGGGAGGUGUGUUUUGGGAAAGCAGACUGGUAAAUUAAAAAGCGCAGCCAUGGACACAAUUAGUUUUUUUUCUCCCUGUAGGGAGAGAAAUUUCCCUGGGGGUGCUGCACAGCUUAUAUGCAGCUCUGAGCUGGAGGUGGUGCUGAAACAGGGACCUCGCGCUUCUCAGGUGGCACUGCACAGCGGGACUGGUGAGCCGCAGCGUGGAGCCACUGACUGGAAACCUGUUGUGAUGGAAAAUCACACGUUGCGCCUUUUUAACAAAACGAAGAGCAAAAUACAUGCUGCGGGGUCUUGCCCGGACGCAGUGUUAAGCUGAACUAAAUCUCUUGCAACGAGAAAACGAAGGCAGGUGGGCACCCAGAGAUGUGGCGCAGCCCUGCGACAGGCCCCUGGCAGGGGCAUGGCCCAGCUCAGCAGCCCCCAGUCCUGCACAUUUUGGGGCUUGCAGCCCCUGCUCCUGCUUGGAUUUUCUCCCUGAAUUUGCAGCAAAUCAGAGCCACACCGGGAGCUGCCCUCACCUCUCUUUCCCCCAGCUAAGCGUGCAUCUGGCCCCAGGCACCCGCUGCGGGGGAGCAGCGCGGGCACCAGCUGGGGUGCGGCGGCAGGGCUGGAUGCUUUGGCCUAGCUCCCCAGAGCCGCCUGCCUGCCCCUCGGCCUGCCGCAUCCGGCACCUCCUCCAGCGCGGCCCGCCCCGCAGCGCGGAGCUCGCCGCAAACUUUGCAGGAAGUGGCCGGCUGAGCCGAGCCCGACCGAGCGCCGCGGCUGGGCUUUCGGGACCGAGCUGAGCCGUCCUCGCUCCUGGGCCCGGCUGCCUCGCGGUGCCGCCGGUGCCUCCCUGCCUGGCAAGUCAGAGCAUGUCCCGGCCCCGCGGACGAGACGCAGAAGAUGGCAGAGCUGCCGGGGCUGGGGGACGAGCGCGGGGAGGGCGCUUCGGGGGCUCCCGCACUCGCCGGCCCCUGCCUGGCAGACAACAGGCUGAAUCUGGAUGUUUAUCCUGACGGCUGCUGCCGCUUCCUCCAGCUGUUUGAGAGGCGCCGGGGAGACCUGGCCCAGGUGGAGUUCGUCCGGCUCAGCAGCAACGAUCGCCUCCUUGGCGCCACGCUGGGCAUCCUCCCGCGUCUGGAGAGCCUGAAAUCCCUGGUGCUCAAAGGUGGCCAUGCCCGGGACGAGUUUGGCUCGUGCCAGCCUGGUUCCCUGACAAGCUUGCCGCCAGACUUGGGGAACCUGAGGUGUCUCACUCACCUGGACCUCAGCUUCAACCGCCUCUCCACCUUGCCCAGCUGCAUCCCCCACCUCCCCAGCCUCCGUGUGCUCCUGGUGAGCCACAACAGCCUGGUGGCACUGCCGGAGGACUUCGGCUGUCUGAGCAAGCUGACUUUCUUCUCUGCUAUGAAAAACCAGCUGAAGGACUUGCCACAGAGCAUUGGGGAGCUGGCAGCGCUGCAGGACCUGGAUCUCUCGGAAAAUGCCUUGGAAUACCUCCCUGAUGAAGUUGGGAAUCUGCGCAACUGCACAGAACUGGAUCUCUCUGGGAAUCGGUUAUCGAGCAUCCCAGACUCUUUAGCCAAUUUGAAGUCUCUGCGGCGGCUGCAUCUCCACAGCAAUCUCCUGGUGACGGUCCCCGCGUCGCUCGCCAGCCUGCCCAACUUGUCCAGGCUCGAUCUGCAGAACAACUGCCUCCGAGCCGUCCCCCCUGAGGUCCAGACCUUGCCGUUCGUGCGCCUCCGCGGCAACCCGUUGGGAGAAGCUGAGCCCUCCCCGCAGGCUGAUGAAUCCAGUGCCAAAAGACUACAAAGACUGUUCCUUGCAUCAGGAGAGGACAGCUUUACCGUGACCUCUGAAGGCUGCAAAGUACGCCUGGCCUGUGGCAUCCGUUUCCACUUCCCGCCGGGGGCUGCCUCUGAUCCUCUGCGCAUCCACUUCCGCACCCUCGCGCCGGACCCCAAGUGGGUGAAGCUGCGGCACCACGACGUCCUGCUGAGCACCGUCCUGGAGCUGCGGCCUCACGGGGUUGAGUUCCAGCAGGAGGUGGAGAUCUGGAUGCCGUAUGCCUCUCCUCAAAGCCUUCACCAGCGUGAAGUGGUAGUUCGGACCUUCAGCGGGCAGAGCUGGAGCGAUCUGAGAACAAAAGUGGAGCAGAAGAGAAAAUCAAAGAAGCAUGUGGCUUGUUGUAGCGUCCUUCACUUCUCCUGGUUCCUAGUUGUGUCUCGACUUGUAGAGAAUGAAUGCAAAGUGCCGGCAGAGGGGACAUUGCUCUUUUCUAGCGUGGAUCCAAACAUCAAAGUGGUCUUCCCUCCUGGAGUCACCGAAGAGACUCGCAGUGUCAAACUGCAGGUGCUGCCGGUCUCGGCGGAAGAAGUAGAGGAAAUCACGGCCGAUGUGGGUUGCAGAGCCAGUCCCCUGCUCUGCCUCUCCCAGGACUGCCCCAUGGAUUUCCUCAGGCCAGUGAGAAUUCAGCUCCCCCUCCCACUUGGGGUCACAGGGUUAAACUUGGAUCGAUCCAGGCUGCACCUUCUCCAUGGCGACCUGCAGGGCCAGACCUGGGAUGACAUUACCAGCCAGGUGGUGCUGGAAUUCACCCAUCUUUAUGCAAUAUUUGAAGUCACCCACUUCUCCUGGUACUGGCUGUGGUACACCACCAAGACCUACAUUGGAGGCAUUGCCAAGAAAGUCUACGAGCGGCUGCGUAUGUACCAGGUGAACUUCAUUGCUCUGCAGAGGAAGAAGGACCCCGAGCAAGUCCUGCUUCAGUGUGUCCCCAAGCACAAGGUUGACCCAGUGCUGAAGAAGCUGCAGGACCGCUACCGAGGACCUGAACCAUCUGACAUGGUGGAGAUGUUUGAGGGAGAGCAGUUCUUCGCCGCUUUUGAGCGAGGCAUCAGCAUCGAUAUGGAUCGCCCUGACUGUGUGGAUGGACGUCUCUCGUUCAUUUUUUACUCGCACUUGAAGAACAUGAAGGAAAUCUAUGUGACCUCCCCUGUAGACAGGAAAGGCCAAGCUGUGAAAGGCCAGGUCUCUUUCUACCGAGGGGCAGUUCCUGAGAGCAUCCCUGAAGAUGCCAGCAGGAGGAGGAAGGGACCAGACUCCCUCUGGCUUGCCACUCUGCCAAUCAAACUGCCUAGACUGAAAUCCCGCUGGGCUGAGAAUCCUGGUCCCCUGAACGGCUUCUCCUUCCCUCCUCUGAACCUGGGGAACGCCGAGACUGGCUACCUGACGCAAGCAAACCUGCUGAGCGUUGCCAGGCGGGUGGGAGCCGACUGGCAGACCGUCGGCUUGAACCUGGGGUUGUCCUACCAACAGAUUGAGCGCAUCGGAUACAAUAACAGAGAGGACCUUGAUAAACAGAUCCUGGACAUGCUUUUCUCAUGGGCUCAGCAAAACUGUGAGGAUCCUGACUGUGUGGACAAGUUGAUCACAGCCAUGAAGGAGAGUGGCCGCCAGGACAUCGCUGAUGAGAUUGAAACCAUCAUUGAGCUGGGACGGCAGAAAUACAGGGAGUCCAUCCGCCGCGUGGGCUUGGAGCAGGAGAGCAGCACCGAGGACUCUGCAAUAGCCAUGGUGUAGCACCUCGCAGAAACAACCCAGUUUCCCGUGGGGGUGCCUCUGCGCGCCCAGAGUGACAACGCCUGGGGGCUGCUCCCUGCUCAAGGGCCAGUAUCCUCUCAAGGUGGUGGACAUUGAUUUACUUGUGAGCAGACUCGCACGCUCUGUUAGGGCUGGGCUCAUGUGUUACUUCUGCUAAUCCCAGAAAGUUUACAGUGUGUUUAUGAGCCUUUUCUGUACUUCCAGUUCCUGACUUUGAGCUUUAGAUUUCAGGAACACAGAGAAGUUCAGAGCCUCAAGUGGCUGUCAGCUGAGUAGUGGCUGAAGUAGCCUUUAAUGAAUUAAUACUCAUGUAACAUAUAUUUAUAUGUAACUUACUCGUGAAUUUGCUCUUCUGCUAGAAACACAGGGCAUGAGCAUUGCCAAUGGGUCUGUUUGUGCUCCAGAGCUUGGUGGGAAAGUGGAGGUGCAAUCAUGUUGUGAAGUCCCAUGGUGCGGUGGAGACUGUUCAGCCAUUUCUGUUAAUUCCAUGUAUUGCUCACAGUCCUGUAAUGCCCAAGCACUUCUGAGCCUUUUGUGUGGAAAAACUGAAGUGGAAUAUGUCUCCCCAUCCAGUCUCCAAAUACCCCACGAAAAUCUUUUCUAUUUUAUGCCAAAUCUCUUCGUGCUCCCUCAAGGCCAAAACAAAACCUAAGUAUUAGUGGGGGAAAAAAGAUGAGAAUAAUUUCUGGCAAAGAUUGCUCUUUUUUUUGGUUGUGCUCCAAAAACUAUUUUGGAACAAAUAAAAUCUCACAGGCCCCUGCACCUGGCAUGCUUUUUAGAUGAGACUUACUUAAACGCUGGUGGUCUUUGAUUCCAGUUUUAUUUACAAAUAAGUAAAAAUCCUUAACCCUGAUAUUCUGGACAGACUCUAACUUGAGUCAACCUUCCAGUUUUGCAAUCUGAAUGUAAGACUGUAGGUGUUUAUUACUCUUUAGCUACCCUGUCACUGUCCCUGGAGGUGCCCUUUCCUUCCUGUAACCCAUCUCAUACUGGGCCUCAUUUGCUGAUACAUUAGUGAUAGUGGGAAGUUUUAUGCAGGCUGUUUGGGAGACUACUGUAAUCCAUGUAUAUUCAAGCCCUUCAAGGCAGCUUUGGAUUCAGCACAUCCUACCCUCCAAGCAGUAUUUAAAUAUUUCAGUCUGAAAACUGGAACACUGUAUGAAAAUGCCAGGUUGCGACACCCAAAGUCAACCUGCAACUACAGCUUUGAGAAAACCUUUUGUUUUCUUCUACCUCCUUUUUUCUUUCUUUUCAUCCUUUUUACUUGCUUUGUGCAAUGUCUCCUUCAGUGAUUUCCCUGUAUCUCAGAAAUGCUAACAGUGCUAUCGACAGAGACGCAUAAAAUUGUUCCUCUUUUUUUUAAAGGAAACUCCAAACUGUCGGGCCGCAGAGUGCUUGAUAGCUUGGUAGGUGCUAGAGCACUGGCAACGACUUGCAGACUUGAGUUGUCGCCUUGGGCCUAGGGACUGACUCAGAUCUGAUAUUUUAGGCCAUGCUGCCCCUCAAGUGUCACAUCAGGUUUGAGUCAACAGUCCUCUUCUGAAUGAGUGUAUUCCCCGGUAGCCUGUGUCAUAUGUACUUGCCUGUCAUUUCACUGUGUACCAAUGAGUACAGUAUUUGUUCUUUGCUUCAGUUUUGGAGAGAUGCAUUUGGGCAUAUUGCUCUCACUGGGAAUAAAAUAAGCACUUAACUGUU